GAUUUAUAUCUUAUUUUAAMCAACUGAAAUUGGUAUUUUAGUUUAUUUUAUUCAUAAGUAUACAUAUUACAUAUCUAUAAAUUCUUAGACUAUUGUAGUUUGAUUGAAUUAAGCAGAUAUUUCAGUUAUAAGUACAAAUGAAUAAUCCAGGUUCUUUUGCUGAUGAAUUUCGCAAAGUUAAAGCAUCAGAAYAUUAUGAAUCAAUCAAUUCUGUUGGUGGACAACAUAAUUCAGAAGCCACUAAUAAUCAACCUAGCACAAGUGGUGUAAAACAAUCCCCUGUGAAAUCUGCAUCUGUUUCAGGUGUAUUGGUCAACAACAAACAAAGAGGCAAUCCACUGCUUAAAUCUAUCGUCAAUGUACCAUGGGAAUAUUCAGAUGACAUUAUACCUGACUAUGUAAUGGGACGUACAACAUGUGCACUAUUUUUAUCCCUGCGUUACCAUAUGCUAAAGCCUGACUAUAUAUACAACAGAGUAAAAUCCUUGGGAAAAUUAUAUGAAUUACGAGUAUUGUUGCUUCAGAUUGAUGUCAAAGAGCCUCAUACAGCUCUCAAACAAUUGACUAGAAUGUGUUUGGUUGCUGAACUUACUUUAAUGUUAGCUUGGACUUCUGAAGAAGCUGGUAAACUCAUUGAAACUUAUAAAAUAUUUGAAAACAAGCCACCAGAUCUUAUAAUGGAAAAAUCAGAAGCAGAUGACUAUUCCAGGAUAGCCAAUGCACUUACAACUAUUCGUGCAGUAAAUAAAACUGAUGCAGCAUUGUUACUAUCUACAUUUGGUUCACUGGAAAAUAUUUGUAAAGCGUCUCAUACAGCUUUGGCAUUGUGUCCUGGGUUUGCUCAACAUAAAGCAACACAAUUAUAUAAUGCUCUUCACAAACCUUUUCUGAAACAAAAAACUCUCGAGGAAGACUCACAAUUAAAAAAAAAAUAAUAAAACAUAAUAUUGUAAUGUGAUGUUUUCAUGUUUGUGCAUUUUCAUUAAAUUUUAUUGUCAAUGGUAUUACUUUUUUAAUAAAUAUUUUUUAUGGUGUACAGUGUUCUAUUAUAAACUAUCAUUAAUCUUAACUCUUAAGUCUAAUGAGUCUUAACUCAUUCAGUAGUAUUUUACUAUUAGUAAUUAUAUGUGUAUUAGAAAAUAGAGUAAUUUCCAAUUCCUAAAUAGUGUAUAUA